GCUUCUGGCUUUCCCGAGGGAAAUGAGUGGUUUUCCGGAGGAAACGGGAAAAUUCAGGUGUUCCUGAAGGAACGAUCUCCAGCCGUGGCUGAAGGGGAGAAGCCGAAGCGGCUCCUCCGGCUGGUGCAGGAGGGACGCCUGGAUCUCCUCCGGGAUGAGCUGCAUCCGGACAAUGCCAUGGACCUGGAAUUGCAGCCCUGGCGCUAUGGGCGCCUGGGGGACACACUCCUGCACCACGCUGCCCGCUAUGGGCACCGGGAUGUCCUCACCUUCCUUGUGGAGGACCUGGGCAUGGAUAUCGAGGUGGUCAACGGUGACUACAAAAGACCCCUCCAUGAAGCAGCCUCCAUGGGCCAUGAGGAAUGCGUGUCCUUCCUCCUGGAGAGAGGAGCCAGUGUGGACUGCUUGAAGAAGGCAGACUGGACUCCCCUCAUGAUGGCUUGUACCAGGAAGAACCUGGAGGUGAUCAAAGCUCUCGUGGAGCACGGAGCCAACCCACUGCUGAAGAAUAAGGAUGGCUGGAAUUGCUUCCACAUUGCGAGCCGGGAGGGCCAUCCCCAGGUGCUCAGGUACCUGCUGGAUGUGUCCCCGUGCAGCUGGGACACGGAGAGCACGAUAAAAAGAACACCUCUGCACACAGCAGCGAUGCACGGCUGUUCCGAUGUUGUGGAGCUGCUCCUGACGCGGUGCCACUACAAACCUGACAGCAGGGAUAAAUGUGGAGUCACUCCCUUUAUGGAUGCUGUCCAGAAUGGGCACGUCAGCGUUGCCCGGCUGCUCCUGGAAAAACACCAGGCCUGUCCUACAGCCACGGAUGCACUAGGUGCUCAAGCUCUGCACCGGGCAGCAGUUACAGCACAGGAUGAAGCCAUCCAGUUUGUUGUCUCUGAGCUGGGCGUUGAUGUCAAUGAGAGAGCAACAGCCCUGCAGCUCACAGCACUGCACUAUGCAGCCAAGGAAGGACAUGCACACACCAUCCAGACACUGCUGUCCCUUGGUGCUGAUGUCCAUGCAAAGGAUGGGAAGAGCCGUACAGCUCUACAUGCAGCCUGUGCUGGGCAGCAGGCAGAUGCCGCACGGGUUCUGCUCCGUGCUGGGCUGCAGGACACCCCGGAUGGCACAGGCAUGCUGGCUCGGCAGCUCGCAAGGAAGCCGGAUGUCAUCCAGGUUUUCCAAGAUGCAAACGUCGGCACGUGAGAUGUAAUGGGAAAGAGAAGCCUGUUUGAUCUCAGUGUGGACUGAACUUCACCUCUUCUUGUGCAGCACCCAGCACAUCCAAACAGCUAAGGCCCCAGCUCCAUGCAGGAUAACCAGGGAAUGUGCUCUAUGGGCUACUGUUAGAUGACUUCUGGGUACCUGCAUGGUUUGAAUCUCCUGGGAUGUCUCCUAAGCUAGAGUUUACUGGGAUGUAGACAUAAAAUGGACAUCCUGAUGGAGAAGUUGCACCUUAACCAUUGGUUUUAUAGCCCUUUAUAGACCUGCUCACCACUAAUCUCUUCAGUUGCUUUGAGUGGCCACCUCUUAUGAUAGCCCCUGAGUGAGGCUGAGCAUGUGCAAUGAGCCCUUGGUGACUCUUCAUCAGGUUUGAGCUGCAGAGGACAAGUGUAGGGAGCCUUCAAGCUUAAUCAGCCUAUAUCUUGUGGAUCCCAGAGGCAUCUGAAGUCAAUAGUAAGACCUCAACCUUACAGUGACAUCAUGGGUCUUUGGAUCAGAGUGGAAAAAAGAGGGAUUUGUUAGUCUGGUUUUGCUUGGCACUUGUCAUCACUGAUGAACUUUACAGAUAAUCUGGGGUUUUUUUGAAAUGUAUAAGGAAAUGGGUUAAUAUUUAAUGUGGCCAAUAUGUCUAAUGGCCUGGAAUACACGUGAAGGUGAGAGCUCCUGUUGCUCUUUGGUUUUAUUUGUAGGUAUCUGGAAUGAUAAGGUCAUUCCAUGGCACGCCCCUGUCUGUAGGUAAUAUCAAGACAUAAAACCCAACAGGAUUCUGCAGGUCUGAUGAUAGCAGAUGCUAAAAAUCAGGCCUAUAACUGAGUGGCCUGGGCUAUAACACGAGCCCAAGCCGUGGGGCUCACGUUAAGGUUUAAUGCACAACCCAUGUGCUCCCCAGUGGUGGGAAGAUGAUGCUGAGCUGUGUUGGAAUGGGGAAUUCCCACCCCGUGGUCCCUGGAGCAGAAUUGGCUGUGAUGAUCCUAAGCCAGAGCGACAACAGUGCCGUGCUCCUCUUGAGCUAAACAGCUUUAGCAGCAGGGUUAAGGCCUCCUCUCCUCUCCUGGCAUGCAUUGCAUGAGAAGAGGCUGUGUGCUCACUGGAAUAAACUGGGGGGCUGUAAGAGGGGAACAAGAGGGGUUUGGAAGCAUCUUAAGACUCUUCCAGAUGUGCCUACAAAGACCUGGGUUUUGUCAGUGUUCCCCU